AGCCACUGAGCGGCGGCGGUAUGGAGGAGAAAGUGGAGGCCACCACUCCUCCUGACCGCCCGUGCGCGGUGUCGGUACAGGAGACCGAGAAGUGGAUGGAGGAGGCGAUGCGAAUGGCCAAAGAAGCACUGGAAAAUACUGAAGUUCCUGUUGGCUGCCUUAUGGUCUAUAACAAUGAAGUUGUAGGGAAGGGAAGAAAUGAAGUGAAUCAAACCAAAAACGCUACUCGGCAUGCUGAAAUGGUGGCCAUUGAUCAGGUCCUAGACUGGUGUCAUCGGCACGGACAGAGCCCUUCUGCUGUAUUCGAACACACCGUGUUGUACGUCACCGUGGAGCCAUGCAUCAUGUGUGCCGCCGCCCUGCGCCUUAUGAAAAUCCCGCUGGUCGUCUAUGGCUGUCAGAAUGAGCGGUUUGGUGGUUGCGGUUCCGUCCUAAACAUUGCCUCUGCUGACCUACCCAAUACUGGGAGACCAUUUCAGUGCAUCCCUGGGUACCGUGCUGAGGAAGCCGUGGAGCUCCUAAAGACCUUCUACAAACAGGAAAACCCAAAUGCGCCAAAAUCUAAAGUUCGGAAAAAAGAUUGUCAGAAAUCCUGAUGCUGUAAUGAUCAAAGACUAGUGGAGACCUGGACGCAAUUCCUGACUGAGAGCCGCUGCCAUCGCUGGUCACGUUUAUAUGUUAUUACUGUGUGUGAAAAUGGUGUCGCUCAUCGUUUUCUCUGUUAAGGGAACAAAUUAGCCCUUUUUAAAAAGUCUAACAAUGUAAACAACCGUUAGCUCUUUCACCAAGCUGAACGACUAUUUCCAGGAAGGGGAGGGGUUAAGGUUGAGGGCCCAGAGAUCCUCAGAGAUCCCCAAGCAGUGCCCGCCCUUCACCCACAGCCUCAGCCCCAGCUUAAUGAAGCUCUUUGUGGCUGUGGAGAGGGCCAAGUGAUGAAAUGCUUACCAUGCAACCGUGAGGAUUGGGUCCCCAUCAGUGCCAGGUGGGUUUGGUGGCCUGCCUGUGAUUCCUUCCAGUGCUUGGAAAACAGAGAUGGACUUCCGAGAUCCCAAAGCAAGCUAACUAGUUAGGUUAGUCCUUAUUGGUGAGCUCUGGGGUCAAAUGAGAGAUAUUGCCUCGAUAAGUCAUGUGAAGAGAGAGAUCUAGGAGGAACCCUGGUGUCAACCUUAGGCGUCACGUGUCCAUACGUACCACCCCCACCCCCACCCCCACCCAGAUGCAGGCACAUCACACAUGAUACCGUGACACACCUACACAUGCCAAAAAAAAAGGGGGGGGGGACAAAUCUUUGGAAGAUUGAUCAAGAUCAAAACAGGAAGUAGAAGAGAGAAAGCUUUGACAUUUUACUGAGUGCACUCAGACCCGGGUCCUGCAAGGGACUCCACCACGGCUCAGGUACCUACUUGGGCUUGUCCUGAUUUGUAUUGACUUUAUAUAUGAAUGACCAUGCAUGUCCGGGGUUCAUGUGGGUGUGGAGGCAGAGGCGACUCUCAGGUGCUAUUCCUUAGAUGCAGGGCCACCACGCCUUCCUGCUUUUUUUUUUUGAAAGAGAAGAUUUCUUGAAAUUUACCAUUCAGCUAGGCAGGCUGGCCGGGAAUGCCGGGCUCCACCUGUGGCCUCUGGUACAGGAAUUACAGGCAUGCACCUCCCUCCCUCCCUCCCUCCUCUCUUUUAAAUGUGAAUUUUGGAGAUUGAACUCAGGUCCUCCUGCACUUGACUGACUGGAGAUAGCUCCCCAACCCUAGAACAAUUUUUCAAAAGUGUCUAGAUAAAACAGACGUUUAUAAAGCAAGUGUUUGAGUCUUUUUUAGAAAACGCAUAGCAUAUUGCUACAAUAAAGUUUUAGUCACGCCUUCUUUCCAGAGGAAUGGUCUUUAAAUAGUGAGGGCUGGACAGAUGACUCAGGAGUUAAAAAUAGAUACUGCUUUUCCAGAGGAUACAAGUUCGG